GAAGGCUCCUUCAGCUUGUACAGUCGCACUCCAGCAUAUGGCGGUGGAAAUCAAACACCAAUGUACAGGGAGGGUAGCAAGACACCAAUGCAUGGUUCACAGACUCCCAUGUAUGAUGCUGGAUCACGAACACCGCAUUAUGGGAGCAUGACACCAUCGCAUGAUGGGUCAUGUACACCAGGGCAAUCAGGAGCCUGGGAUCCAAGCAAUACUAAUACUCCUGCAAGGAACAAUGACUUUGAUGGAUACCCUCUGGAUGAGGCAUCACCCUCACCUAACUCUAACCCCAGCACUCCAGGCUACCAGGCAGGGGGACCAUAUACUCCACAGACACUGGGUACAAUGUAUGGAUCUGACCAGUCUUUUUCACCUUAUCAGCCAUCACCAUCCCCCACUGUGUACAAUGGAACGCCAUCUGGAUAUGUAGCAACACCCAGUCCAUCUGGAUACACUCCGUCUCCUACAAGUGCUGCACCAUAUGGUACACCAUUCCCACUGGGAUACAGCCCCAUGAUCCCUGGAGCAGCCCCAUCUCCAUAUAAUCCUCAGACACCCGGUGCAGGCCUUGAUCAGCCAACAGCAUCACAGUCGGAGUGGCAGACAACAGACAUAGAAGUCCGCAUCCGGGACACGCAUGAUGAUGCUGGAUUAAGUGGGCAGACAGGAGUGAUCAGAGGGAUAUCUGGUGGAAUGUGCUCAGUGUUCCUGCCUGAUGAAGAUCGAGUAGUGAACAUUGUUUCGGAACAUUUGGAGCCAAUUGUUCCACAGCGUUCUGAUCAAGUGAAAGUUAUAUUGGGAGAAGAUCGGGAGGCUAUGGGGUAGCUGUUGUCCAUUGAUAACGAACAGGGAGUUGGCAAACUUACAUCUGGUGAAGUGAAGAUGCUCCAGCUGCAGUUCCUUUGUAGAAUGAAGAAACUGGUGAAAUGAACUCAAGUGUGAUGAUAGCAUUUGAAGUUAAUACCUGUAAUAUGCACUUCUUUCAUACACCAACAAUAAAGUAAUGUUAUCUGUGGGCAAGGACUUUUUAAUGAUUACAGUUUUAUAUUAAAGUGAACAUUUUACUGA